UUCUAGCACGACUAACGUAGUGAUCUUGCGGCCUGGCAUUCACUUCCUGUUUAAGUUGCCGUCCUUUUCAGCAAAAUGGCUCCGAAACCGAAGCCCACGGAAAAAGCAGGCAAACCUGCAGAGAAGAAAACGGAGAAAAAAGCAGAGAAGAAACCUGCAGCAGCAGCAGCAGCUGCAUCAUCUUCUACUGCUAAGGUGACGAAGCCUGCAGCCAAGCCUGCGGCUGCAAAGAAGUCAGCAACAGCUAAGCCUGCUGCCAAACCUGCAGCUAAACCUGCACCGAAGGCUGCACCCAAAGUUGCUGCUAAGCCAGCAAUUAGCAAGCCUAAGAAGAAUGCAGCAGCAGCCAAGAAGACUCCAAAGGGUGGCAAGGCUGUAGCAAAGCCUGUGCAGAAGGCCCUAAAAGCACAGAAAAAGAUCCUCAAGGGUGUCCAUGGCUCAAGAGUAAGGAAGAUCAGGACUUCGGUGCAUUUCCACCGUCCUAAGACUUUCAGACCACCAAGAAACCCAAAAUAUCCCAGGAAGUCUGUUCCUAAUAGGAAUCGUAUGGAUGCUUUCAACAUCAUCAAAUACCCACUGACAACUGAGGCUGCAAUGAAGAAAAUUGAGGAUAAUAAUACCUUGGUCUUCAUUGUACACACUCGUGCCAACAAGUAUCACAUCAAAGCAUCGGUCAAGAAAUUGUAUGAGAUCGAUGUGGCAAAAGUAAACACCUUGAUCAGGCCAGACGGCAAGAAGAAGGCUUACGUUCGUCUAGCUCGUGAUUACGAUGCUCUUGACGUCGCCAAUAAGAUCGGCAUUAUAUAAAUGCUUUUAACUCUUACUUGUACAAAAAACUGAAAAUGUUCACAUUGAUAAUAAAUAUCCAUGUGGGA